GCAGAGGCUCGAGCGUCACAGAGUGAGGCAGACGAAGAGGAUGAGGAAGGGAAACCAAUCUAAUCUCUCCUAAACCUGCAGUUUACCGGGGAGACGUUAUUUCGCUGUAAUGCCAAGAGUUCCUCUGCGCUGGGUGUUGUGGGAUAUUAAAGACACCCUGCUGAAGGUGCGGGGAUCUGUGGGAGACCAUUAUUCUAAGGAGGCUGGAAGAUGGGGCCUUAGCCUGCAUCCUGAGGAGAUCAACGCUGCUUUCCGGGAGACAUAUCGCCGUUAUUCCAGCAGAUACCCAAACUAUGGCGUCUCUCAAGGCCAGACCGGACAGACUUGGUGGAUAGGAGUCAUGCGAGACACUCUGGCUGAGUGCAAAGUCAACGAUCCGGCUCUGCUGAACACAAUGGCUACCAAUCUUUACCAAGAUUUCUGCAACGCAGAAAAAUGGGAGGUAUUUCCAGACUCCAAGACGGCCCUUGAACAAUGUUCCUCUCUUGGACUGAAGCUGGGCGUUGUGUCUAAUUUUGACAAUCGCCUCGAAACAAUUUUACGCAACUGCGGGCUGCUGUCGCACUUCAGCUUUGUGGUAACAUCAGAGGCGGCCGGCAUGGGGAAGCCCAGCCCGGUCAUCUUUAAUCAGGCCCUCCAGAAAUGUGGCACAUCCGCUGACAGAGUGGCUCACGUUGGGGACCACUAUGUGUAUGAUUACCUUGCUUCUCGCUCUGUGGGAAUCCACGGAUUCCUUUUAGACAGAGACGACUCACACAAAGAAGGCGAUGUUCCUCAAGAACACCGGGUUGUGACAUUGGAUGAGCUGCCGUCACGCCUUCAGGAACUUGUGAUUGAAUGACUCAAGGAAAAAUCUGUACAUCCUGUCACAAAACAAAAUUUGCUAAUUUGUCUCAGUUAUUAUUGCAAUAAAUGAUAACAUUGCUGUUUUGA